CCCCCCCACCACCACCACCACCACCACCACCCCCCCCCCAGAAGCAGCCACCCAGCAGCUUAACUCCAAACUUUAGUCCGUCUGAGAAGCCUCGGGGACGGGCAGCAGCGGGGCGACGCCGGAGCUGGCGGUGGCAGCGAUGUUCCUGCGCUCUGCUGACGGGCGAACGGCGACGGCAUGAAGGCGGCGUUACGCACCCGCAGACGGCGCACUUUGCAGCGGCUCUGCUGCUGCGGCGGACUCGGGCUGCUAGCGGUCGUGUGGCUCGUACGAGCCCAACACCUGACAGAAACAGAGCCUUCAGGGACAGACCCGGCUGAAGAUGUUAGCCCUGACUGGUCCAGACGUAAGCUGAUGCAGGAUGGAAUCGAGAACCACACUAUAGAGCCGCCUCGAGCAGCCAUCCAUGAAUUCCCUGAAGACAUCUUUACCAAGGAGCAGCGGAAGAAGGGGGCCGUGCUGCUUCAUGUGCUGUGUGCCAUCUACAUGUUCUACGCUCUCGCUAUCGUGUGCGAUGACUACUUCGUUCCUUCCCUGGAGAAGAUCUCCGAGAAUCUGCACCUCAGUGAGGAUGUGGCCGGAGCCACCUUCAUGGCUGCGGGAAGCUCCGCCCCUGAGCUCUUCACCUCCCUCAUUGGUGUGUUCAUCACUAAGGGAGAUGUGGGUGUGGGGACCAUAGUCGGGUCAGCUGUCUUCAACAUCCUGGUCAUCAUUGGAGUGUGUGGCAUCUUCGCCGGCCAGGCUGUGGCGCUUACCUGGUGGUCUCUGUUCAGAGACUCUAUCUACUACAUCCUCUCCGUUCUGGCCUUAAUAAUGGUCAUCUAUGAUGAGAGGGUUGUGUGGUGGGAGUCCAUGCUCCUGAUCUCCAUGUACGGAGUUUACAUUCUCAUCAUGAAGUUCAACAGUCAGAUUGCAGGCUUUGUGGAGAUGCGGGUUGGGGCUCCAGGCCGCUGCUGCAUCAGAGGAGAGAACCCCAGAAAUGAGGAGGCUGCAGAGGAGGGAGCAAACUGCAACACCUCCAUGGUGCUUUUGAGAAAAGGUCAGCCUAGUGCGGGGCAGCAGGAGUCUCCAGCAGUGAUGGUGGAUGAGCUGCUGAUCCUCAGGCCACACCAGCUCUCCUUCCCAGAGGCAGGACUGCGCAUUAUGAUUACGCCGCACUUCUCACCCCGCACUCGUCUCAGCAUGGCCGGCCGCAUGCUCAUCAGUGAGAGACAGAGACUGAUCAGGGAGUCUGGGCAGGGGAGCAGCCCAGUGAAGUCGUUCGGCUCCGGAGGGAUCGAGAAUGGAGGGAGUGUGGAGAGACCUCUGGAAGAUGGAGCGAGGAUGGACAGAGAUGGAGGCGUGAAAGCAGCAGACAACCCUCAGCCUGAGGAAGAGGAUGAUGGAGACGAAGUCUUCAGACCUCUCCAUGUGCCAGCUGGUUGUGCAGCUCGUGUUAAGUGGGUAGUGUCAUGGCCGCUGGGUCUACUGCUGUACUACACAGUGCCCAACUGUAUUCUGCCACGCUGGCAUCGCUGGUUCAUGGUCACCUUCAUCAGCUCCACACUCUGGAUCGCCAUCUUCUCUUAUCUGAUGGUCUGGAUGGUCACCAUCAUCAGUUAUACUCUGGACAUCCCUGACUAUAUCAUGGGCAUCACAUUUUUGGCAGCAGGCACCAGUGUACCAGACUGCAUGGCGAGCCUCAUCGUAGCCCGCCAAGGUAUGGGAGACAUGGCGGUAUCUAACUCCAUAGGCAGCAACAUCUUCGACAUCUUGCUGGGUCUGGGCUUCCCCUGGGCGCUCAGAACGCUGGUGGUGUCCCACGGAACAUCAGUGUUCAUCAACAAUAAAGGCCUGGUGUACUCAGUUAUCCUGCUGCUAGCCUCUGUCUUCCUCACAGUCCUGAGUGUUCACCUGAAUGGCUGGAAGCUGGAUCGGCGAUUGGGUCUGGGCCUCAUGCUGCUCUACUCCAUCUUCCUCCUCUGCUCCAUCCUCUUCGGCCAGCUUUAGAGCCAGCGACCUGAUCCACGUCCAAAUCCAUCCUUCAAACCGCUUCAUUUCAUCAUUUGAGUUGAUUCAUUUCGUGUGGUUUACACUGGAUACUGUCAUUCAUUACCUGAACUGAACCUGAGGCCAUCGGUUCCAGAGACAGCGGAGGAGAAGACUUCUUAAAAACAGAAACUGAAUGAAGGAGAUGGAAUAACCAUUCAGACAGACAACUGCAGUGAGCCCACCGUCAGUCCAAACACAGAACGGUUCACACAGCUUCACAGAAAGCUGCACAGAUGGUUGAGUGAAAACACUUCCUCCUCAUCCAUGAAACCUGUGGUGCUUACCUUCGAGAAGGGGUUGCAGUACUCAAGGCUGUCAGAGUCUACUGACCACACAGAAGUUGCAUCGCUUCUAAACACUAAAAACAUGUCAUCUUGUGGCCACUUCAGCAGAUUUACAGUACAUAGCAAGAUAGGAUUAUGCAGCACUGUGCAAAAGUCAGAGACCACCUGUUUGUUUGUUUGUUUAAUUUCCAGUCAAAAUGGACAUUAAGUACAAGUUAUUCAUUUGUUGGUGUCACCAAAACUGACCCAAUCAGAUUUAAAGCUUUCAUCUUUAAGAGGAGAAAAUCAAGGUGCUUCAGAUCUGAAAACAUCCACAGGUGUUUCUGUCCAUCCUUCCACUGUGAGAAGAUGACUCAGCGCUGUGGGUCUGAAAGGAUGUGUAGCUGUAAAGAAGACAGAGAAAAAUAAAUAGAAAAGAACAUUUGCACUAGAAAAACCCAAACAGGACCUCCGAGAUAUGGGAGGUUUCCAGACUGAUGAGUUAAUUUGUGUUUGGGAUUGUUGGAUCACAAAAUGCAGAAAAUGUAACCAAGUCCUAAGACUGAACUUUGUAGGUGUGGAAAAAUGUCCCUGCAGAAUCACUGAAGAAACUGAAAGCGAGUCUCCUGAAAAGAACGGAAGCUGUAAUAAAGGCCAAGAGUGACACUAAAUUUGGGCAAAUUGGUACCACUUUAGAAAGAGACUACACUCUUAAGAAAAAAAGGGUUCUUUGGCUUAUAACAAUAGUGGAACCCUUUUUGGUGCUAUAUAGAACCAUCUACAGCACAUUCUCCAUCAAUCU